AUGAUAACAAUGGGAGGUACAAAAUCUCAUAAAAUACCCUUUUUGGAACUAGCCAGAGGUUUGCUUAGAAGGAAUCACAAUAUUACUUUACUAAGUCCUUUCACACCUGAUUUUCAUAUCGAUGGUCUGGAGGAGAUCACUCCGGAAGGCUUAAUGUCCUUUGUAAGAGGAUAUAUGACCUUUGACCUGGUGGGAGCAAGGAUGAGAGGUGAAGAACCAUUGCCAUAUAUGGAUAUUAUAAGAUAUGGUUAUGAGGCAUGUGAAGCAUUCCUAAGCGACGUCGAGACAAAAUCCUUUUUGAGAUCAGGAAGGAGCUACGAUCUUGUUAUUCUAGACGGGGCAUAUCCCGAAUGCGCUUUAGGCCUUGUUUAUCGAAUGAAAGUACCUUUCAUGUAUAUUAAUACGGUUGGAUUUUACGCAGGACCAACGAGUAUUUCGGGUAGUCCGGCACCAUACUCUGUAACUCCGAUAUUUGCCAAAGCUUUCACAGAUAAUAUGGGAUUCAUAGAUAGAGCACUCAAUUCCAUGUGGAAUAUUGGAGCCAUGUUAGGGCACAUCGCAAGUGUUACAAUUCUGCAAGGAGUUUUGAAGAGACAUUUUGGCUCAAAGAUCCCUCAUGUGUAUGAUAUGGGCAAGAAUGUCAGUUUUAUUCUCCAAAAUGGACACUAUUCGGUUUCGUACCCUCGACCGUUUUUGCCAAAUGUUGCUGAAGUAGCUUGUAUUCACUGCAAGGAACCCAAGGUUUUAAGUUCGGAUUUAGAAGAGUGGAUAGCUGGUGCUGGCGAAGCUGGUUUUGUGUACGUGUCCAUGGGAUCAUCAGUUCGGACGAAUAAGAUGCCUUUAUCAGCUCACCGUUUGUUCGUGAAGGCGUUGGGAAGACUACCGCAGCGAGUCCUUUGGAAACAGGAUGGAGAACAAAAUAUGACGGACAUACCUACCAACACCAGAAUAUACAACUGGCUACCACAGCAAGAUUUAUUAGGUCAUCCGAAAAUAAAGGCAUUUGUGACUCACGGCGGUCUUCUCAGUAUGUUCGAGACGGUCUACCACGGAGUCCCCAUCAUCAGUAUACCAGUCUUCUGUGACCACGAUGCAAACGCAGCUAAAGCUGAACUUGAUGGGUUUGCGAAAAAGUUAGAUCUUCAGCACCUGACCUCAGAUAAACUAUACAAAGCUAUCAAAGAAGUGAUCAAUGAUCCAAAAUAUAAGAAGCAAGUCAAAAUUAGACAAACACUCCUGAGAGAUCAAAAGGAAUCACCCUUGGAAAGGGCUAUUUAUUGGACGGAGUACGUAAUAAGACACAAAGGAGCUUAUCACUUACAAUCUCCAGCUAAAGACCUAAAUUUCAUUCAAUAUUACAUGUAUGAUAUAGCUGCAGUUUUUAUUCUGUCAAUAAUAUCAAUUUUUGCUCUUAUAUCCAUCGUAUUAAGGUUCGGUUUUAAAUGUGUAGUCGAAUAUUUACAUAACAAGAGAAUGGAUAAGUUGAUCAACAAGUCCAGCGACUUGUUAAAGAGAUCCUCGCAAUUAAUAGGUGAAGCCACAAUGAAGAAGAAACGAUUAUAA